CGUUGGACUCAGAGCCUAAAAAAGAUAAUAAAAAUCAUCGUCAGGAAACAAUAUAGGAUUCAAGAUUCACUCAGUGUCGCUGAUCCAAUCUGAGAGAAGCUAGCCGUUAUGCCUACUCCUCCGGAUGAAGCUGGCGAUGCCCAGACGGGUGAAGUUGCCAUGGAGACCAAUACUGAUCCUCCGCCCUCAGAGACUGUAUCAGGAGCUGAUAAAACUCAAGAUGUGGAGCAAGCAGAGGACCAUACCCACCAAUCCUCUGUUGCCGUUCCUUCCGAUCCUACCUCAGAACCUCUUGGUCCCCAACAACCUGUCUCACUGCACCCCUCUUGCACCCCUAGUGACCAAACGAUACCUUUAGAGGGUGAGGCGCAAAUGCCUUCUGAGCAGUACCCCUCACUUGUGACACACAUAUCACAUGAUCAACAACAAUCUGAAGACACAGCUCUUAAAGUGUCUGCUGAAAUUGCUAUUGAUUCAUCAGUUCUAGCCCAAUUAGAAACAGAAUUACAAGACAUUGCCACUCCAGCAGAGUCUGAACAUGAUGUUCAUGUUAAAACAGAAGAAAUCAAAGCAGAAAUACAAAAUGAAAAUACCAGUGACUUUGAAAAUAUGCAAACAAAAGAAGCAAAUGCCUCAGACACUUCACAAUCUGACGGUUCAUCCACAAGGGCACGCACUAAGAGAUCUGCGUCUAUAGAAAUGUUUGGCUCUUUCUUCCCUGAGCAGAAUGUAAAAGUGGGUUCUAAGACCAGAAACAGAGGGGGCCCUCAAGGGAUGUAUGUUCCUGGAGCAAGGGUGAAAAGGUCAGGAUCAGUAGAAAUGUUUGGCUCGUUCUACCCAGCUCACAAAAUUGGAGCUGAUUCAGUUUCUGGAAAUAGUGGAAAUCUGCAAUGUGUUUCUGUUCCAGGAGCAAGGGUAAAAAGGUCAGGAUCAGUAGAAAUGUUUGGUUUCUCUUUUCCAGAAAAGAAAAAAGUUGAAAAUGCAGAAGAAGAUGAUUUUUCAGAUACUGACAGUGUGAAGAGUGGUAGUAUGCGCAGAUUCUCAAUACCCCAAGCACGCACUACAAGGUCAGGAUCAGUGGAAAUGUUUGGGUUUUCUUUCCCUGAAAACAAAAAUGAGGAUGGUUCAAAUAUGAGGGAAAGUGACAAAUUGCCAAGGUUUUCCGUUCCUCAGGCAAGGGUUAAAAGGUCUGGCUCUGUAGAGAUGUUUGGGUCCUUCUAUCCAGUUGGCAAAGAGCCCAGGGAGAGAUCGGACAGUGAUGCUAGUCAAAAGAGCGAUCAGCUUGAACCAAAGUCUGUUCCUUAUGCACGAGUUAAACGGUCUGGGUCUGUCGAAAUGUUUGGGUCCUUUUACCCAAGCGACAAGGCGGGAAGAAGCACAGAGGUUGUUGAGGAUGUUGAAGAGAGAAAUGGAUGUCAAUCCUCUUGUGAGAAACCUGCCAUCAUGAACCAAGGUAGUGCUUCAUCAUUGCAUGCUAUAGUGGAAGCUGAUGAUGAUCGUGCAGGAGUACAAGAUGGGACAGAUACAGGAGGAAGAACUAGACUGCAACCAUUGCAUGUUCCAAGAGCAAGGGUAAAGAGGUCAGGUUCAAUAGAAAUGUUUGGCUCAUUUUACCCUCCUCAAAAGGCUGGAGCAGAUUCAAGGUCUGAGGCAAGCGGGAAGCUCUCUCCCAUCUCUGUACCUGGGGCACGGGUAAAGAGGUCAGGGUCUGUUGAAAUGUUUGGUUUCACUUACCCCGAGAAGAAGCAAGAUGAAGGUAUUGAGGAUGAUUCCCUAGAAAGUGAUGCUCGUAAUCGUGUGGUGCGACGAUUUUCUAUUCCUCAGGCACGUACCACAAGAUCUGGCUCAGUAGAGAUGUUUGGAUUCUCUUUCCCUGAAAAGAAAAAUGAAGGUGAUACAGAUGAAGACAUCCCUGAUAAUGCAGUUGAAAGGAGAAGUGAUGUCCGAAGAUUCUCUAUUCCCCAAGCACGUACUACCAGGUCUGGUUCAGUAGAAAUGUUUGGCUUUUCUUUCCCUCAAAGUAAAAGUGGUGAAGGUGAGAAUGCAGAAAACACUAUGAAACACCAAAAUAGAUGUCCAUGGGCAAGAGUGAAAAGGUCAGGUUCUGUUGAAAUGUUUGGAUUCUCUUACCAAAAGAAGAAAUCAGAUGCAAGUUCUGGUGGGAGAGAUCGCUCAGAGAGUGAAGGUAGCAGUGACUCUAUGCAACGGUUUUAUGUGCCCCAAGCACGCACCAAAAGGUCUGGGUCGGUAGAAAUGUUUGGAUUCUUAUAUCCUGAAAACAAAAUCGCAGAAGGCUCGAAUGGAGGCCGUCUACGACCAAAGUUUGUUCCGAGAGCUCGAGUCAAAAGGUCUGGGUCAGUUGAAAUGUUUGGCUUCGGCUAUCCACCAGACAAAACCGAGGGAGGUUCAGAAGAUAUUUCUGAUGGUGAUAAUCAAAGUAUUGUCCGACGCUUUUCAAUCCCUCAAGCACGUACCACAAGAUCAGGGUCAGUUGAAAUGUUUGGAUUCUCCUACCCUGAGAAGAAAAGCAAUGAAGAUCAACAGGAUGAUGAUGAAGUUUCUGAUAACGUCAGGCGAGCAAGUGGGGAAAUGCGAAGAUUUUCUAUACCCCAUGCACGCACUUCAAGGUCAGGGUCGGUGGAAAUGUUUGGAUUUUGUUAUCCUGAAAAGAAAGAUGAUGGUUCAGAGCAUGAACAGGGUAGUGAUUUGCGACGAUUUUCUAUCCCCCAAGCAAGGGUAAAAAGAUCCGGGUCCUUAGAGAUGUUCGGUUUCUCUUAUCCUGAAAAUAAAAAUGGGGCAGGUUCAAGUGUUACAGGAAGUGGCAAUCUGCCAAGGUUUUCCAUUCCCCAUGCAAGGGUUAAAAGGUCUGGGUCUGUUGAAAUGUUUGGGUCGUUCUAUCCAGCUGCUAAAGAUUCCAGGGAGAGAUCAGACAGCGACGAAAGUCAAAAGAGCAAUGACCGUGAUCGAAGAUCUCUUCCCUUUGCUCGUGUUAAAAGGUCUGGAUCUGUAGAGAUGUUUGGGUCCUUCUACCCAUCUUACAAUAGUGGAAGAAGCAGAGCGAAUAGUGACGGUAGUGAUCAGGAUGAUCUUCAAACUUCCUCUGUGCAACCUGAUGUCUCAACCACAAAUGACUCUUCAGUGUCUUUGCUUCCCAUUGGUGAGGCCGAUGAUGAUCAUGUAGAGGAAGAGCAAAUCCUACCCGCUUCCCCACAACCAACUCCUGAUGAUUCUAAUGAAGGAAAUGCAGAAGACUUUAUAGAUGAUUCCAUUGCUAGACCUCGUACUGUACGAUCAGGGUCUGUGGAUAUGUUUGGAUUCAUUUAUCCGGAGGAUCAGAAUGUUAGUGAAAUUCAAAGAAGGCCAUCGCAGCCAAUUGUGGUUCCACAGGCUAGGGUUAAAAGGUCUGGAUCAGUAGAAAUGUUUGGCUUUUCAUAUCCUGAAUACAAGAAUGGUGAAGCUUCACACACUGCUGCUGGUGGAGAUAAUCAAUUAAAACAAGUCCCAAUGGCAAGGGUUAAGAGAUCAGGAUCAGUAGAAAUGUUUGGGUUCUCAUAUUCAGCAAAAAAAGGUGCUGAAGAUUCCGAAGAUAGCGAAAACUCAGAUAGUUAUGGUCAAAAGAAUAGUCAAGUUAGAAGGUUUUCUAUCCCUCAAGGACGGUCUAAAAGGUCUGGAUCUGUAGAAAUGUUUGGCUUCUCAUUCCCUGAAAAGAAAAGUGAGGAAACCCCAGAAAGUGAACCUCAAUUGGAAAGUGAAGGUCAAAAUCACAGUCAGGUCCGCCGCUUCUCUAUUCCGCAAGCACGCACGACUAGGUCAGGUUCAAUUGAAAUGUUUGGAUUCACCUUCCCAGAAAGCAAAACCGGUGACGAAGGACAAAGGGUCCGUUGUCAAGUCAAGUCUCCUUGGUUUAGAGUAAAACGGUCAGGGUCAGUAGAAUUGUUUAGUGGUUCAUUUACAGCACACAAGAGGGUUGGGCUUUCAAACAAUGCAGACAAUGUAGAUCAAAAUACUGAUAACCAAAACACCUCUGUUGAGCCUGACGAUAUCAUUGCAGAAGAUGAAGCAGAGCAUGCGGAAGAAGAGCGACCAGCUUGUCCUAGAAAUUCAACUGGGCUCCCUGCUGAAACAUUGUCCCACCUUGCCACCAUGGCAAAUUUAUCCUCAGAAUUUGAGUCAGCUCCUGAAUCUGACCUACCAACCACCCAAGUUCUUGAACACUCCAACCCACAAAUGGACAAUACACAACAGGCAGAAAAAGAACACACAGAGUCCAAAAAUUCUCAAGACCUUACACAAGCUCCUAGAAAAGAUUCUGAGUCAAUCAGCAGUGCUGAUUUUGUCAUGAUCCAACAUGACGAUUUCUGGAAAGAAGUGAAAAGAGAUUUACCCAAGGAUGGGGGUAAAGAGAAAGAUUUGGAGAAUGUCAGAGAGGGGAAAAAUGAUGGAGAAGCUGUAUCACAUAGUGAGCUUCCAGGAAAUCAAGAAAGUGAUCGAAAUGCUAAUGGCGCUGAUAGUAAUCAUGCUGUAACUGAGGAAACGAAAGAACCUGUGGUCAAAAUUGACGUUCCAACAGUAUCCGUAACAGUCCAGAUCAGAGAUCCCAAAGAUGAAACAGCCGUUGACGGACAAGCCGCUUCAAAUGCAGCGGAAGCGGAAGAUCAGGUUUCGGAUAUGCCGCCCUCUGCUGUGCAGAGACGGGUCAAGGGUGAAGCAAGUGCCGACGAGAGCAAACGAAGAUCGCUGAUGCUGUGGGUAGAUCCAGAUCUGGUGCAGACGGUUCGACCCGACCAGAGUACAAAGAGUCCACAGCAUUCGCCGGAAGACAUCCCUUCGGAUCUGAAGAGGCUGAAGAAGGUUAUACGGAAGGAGCGAUGGGCAAGUGAAACAGAACAUGAGGUUCGCAAGGAGAUGUGGAAGAAUCUUUGUCUCCAGAACAGCGCAGGAGCAUCUGUGUCCCAUGUCUACCAGGAAGUCGAAGAAGGACUCUUUGGGAAAGGGCCAGACUCAAUUGACCCAUCAUCCAUCACCCUACCCAGCUUUGUGGACCCUGACCACUCUGCGGCCUCCUACGCCCUCAAGUCGGAGGGUCAAGCCCGCCUCAACCGCCUCCUCUGCGUACUCGCCGACACAAGACCCGACAUCCUUUUCUGUCCACUGCUGGCGCCCUUGGCAGGCAUGCUGCUGCAUUACAUGAGUCCGGAAGAGGCCUUUGACAGUCUCUCGGCGCUCCUAGGAAGCACCCGCUACAAGUUCUUGGAGGUGUCCUGGGUGGAACACGAAUCCUUCAGGAUCAGUUUUGAGAAGCUGGCUGCAAGGUUUGCGGCAUCAGCUCAUAAGAUGUUUAUCAAGCAAGGAGAUGUCUCGGAAAUCUAUAACGACUGGAUAUGGUGGAUUCUUGAGGAUCUGCCUUUCUCACAUAUCAUUCGAGUGAUGGACUGCUAUUUAUCAGAAGGACUGAAAAUCUUUUACCGAGUGGGGCUGGCCAUUCUCAUGCUUUACAAGAAACAUAGAGGUACCGCAGAGGCACCCGAUGGCGUAGCUGCUUCCAUCCGAGAAUUUGUCAGGACCAUUCCAGUCAGCCCAAACACUCUCCUAACGGUUGGAUUCCAGUUCCGAGGUUUGUCUAGGUCUGUCAUAGGAACGUACCAGACGAAACACAAAGAGACGCUACGAGAAGACAAUUCACCGUACAGGGCCGCUAGCAGAAGACAGAAUGAUGGUCUCACCAAGCUAAACCACAUAAAUUCAUGUAUCAUCACCCACCAACAGCUGCAUACUCUAUGGAGCUGGGUUCCAAGUCGGUUUAGCAUCUAUCAGCCGAGGUUGGUCUUCACGACACAAGAGCAUGGAUUCUCGUUGACGACCUUCUAUACAAGGUGUGAAUACUGUGAGCCUACCAUUCUACUCAUCAAGACGUCGGACCAAGAGAUCUUUGGAGCUUACCUAUCGGCAAGCUGGAGCACCCGAAACGACGGAGACCAGAAGGGUAUCUACUUCGGCACCGGCGAGAGCUUCCUCUUCAGCUUCGCACCGGAAGAAAAGAAGUACCCCUGGGUCGGGAUCCUCCCCAAGGAAGAAACGAAGGAGGAGGUGGAGAAAGAAGAGAAGAAGGAGGAGGAGAAGGAGGAGGGGGAGGUGAAGGAGAAUGGAGAAGGAGAGAGGAGGUCCAGCGGAGGAGACUUCAAGAAGAAAAUGAACGAGAUGUUCAUGAGAGCGUCAAAGAGCCUUAUUGCCGUUGGAGGAGGUGACGGAGACGGGAUACUGUUAGAAGGCGAUCUGACGAAGGGAUUCAGUACGCACUGUUUGACCUUUGAGAACCCCGGCCUCGCGAAGGAAAGGUCGUACAACUGUGAUGUCAUCGAGGUCAUCACCAUGGAGGAUGGGAGGAACCCAGUCAACGGAGAGACGGCAUAACCAACAGGAGAGGGCGCUUUAGUCGCACCGUUUUACAUCGCUGUCGAUUAGACGAGUUUUUGCCAAUUUGGUUUGCAUUGGAGUGGUAUAGUGGAAAAGCAUUGGCAGAGUGGCAUCAGUGGGGAUAUGUUUCUGAUAGGCCAGAGUUUCGUCGAGUCUUAAAUGAUUCCUUCCGUUGUGUUUAUGCGUUUGUCAGAGGUUGCACUCUCACAGCACAUGUAGUAUGUAAAAUAUGUGUUGCAGCGCUCUCACAAAUGCACCAGUCGGGAGCCAUUUUAUAAAGCUGUUACAAAUGGAUUGACGCACGACUAGUGACCCUUUUGUGUGCUAAAUGAAAUAUCCCUUCCUAUGUGACUUGGAACCUAAGAACAUGUUCAAGUCGUGCGUAACUUUACUAACAGCUGUAUGAAACAUGUCAUUUCCCACAACAUAGUGUUGCAUAUUGCAUUGUAGUGCACUAUGAUAUCUGCGCAACGCACAUAGCAUGUUGCACUGGCGGAGACGUAUGUCGUCACACUAUUCAAGUGGGGGGAAUGACAAUAGAUCCCCCUCUAGACGAUAGGUUUGCCACUCCAAUCUAUGCCAUUGACAUGUUGUUGUAUAAUGGAAUAUUUAAUAAUUAAGUGAACCUACUGUGGACUGACUAACAUUCAGUUUACAGUUGUGAGGAGUCGAACCAACAUUGGCCAAACUCUGUCUAUAGAUGGCGCACUCCUUACCCGCACACCCUUGUCUUGCUGUACCUUGUCUUGUGCAUUCCUAGUAUUGCGGACUGGUCGGUUUUCAAAAAGCCGUCCAGAUCCAAACGUCGUCGGUACUCGCUAUUUAUUUGACCUUCAUAUUAUUGGACCGUCUGGUAGAGACUCUUAUUAGCUCAUUCCGCAGAGAGGAUAACUCUGGAUAAACAAAAUGAAGGAAUAGAUCGUAGAAAUUGUUUUAGCAUUAGAUUCAUGACAGACCAUAGGUAGCUGUAUAUAUUGCAAAACAAUAGGUAGUUGUAACAAACUAAUGAAAAUUGUAGAGAAAGUAAUGAGAACAAAGCCACUUUCAUUAGGUUUUCUGAGGAUUUUUUUCCCUCGAGUGAGACAGAAUCAAAAAUUCAAUAUAGCUGUAUCAUACAAGGAAAUUAUCUCCAUAUUUGAUGUAGGUGUAGGUGUUAGAUGUAGCUUGCCAGGCCCUUUUUUAACAUUAUGAUUAUUUCGAAACUCCCAGGCUAUCACUCCUUAAACAACUGAACUACAUGUAUGAAGGUGUGUUCUUCAUCUCUUGUUAAUAUUGCCUUUAGUCAGUGUGUUCCUCAUCUUUUGUGUAUGUGGCCUUUGGUCAGUCUGAUUGUCAAUAUGCAACAGUAGGAGGUAUUGUUUGAUCAUGUUGCACUUAUUCAUGUGUAAAAUAACAAUAAAAAAUAAAAACUUCAGUCAAAAGGCAUUUUUCAUGAAACAGCUGACAAAGAUAACUGGCCUGUUAUUUCUACUUUUUCAUGAAAAUAUGCAAUCAGACGAAAAAAUGGCAGGCGUUCUUGAGCGUUGAGGUUACAUGUAAUUGCUUUUUUUGUACUAGACGUACCUACACAGUUGCUGCACCUUUGUCAAACUGAGCAAUAGUGUCCGUUUUUAUAGUCGAUUCAGUGGAAAGUGCUUUCAGAUUUGUAAGAAAAGUGUGUUGAAUUACGAAAAUUAAUGAUAAAAAGAGCUGUAGAGGUUAGGCAGUUUGUGCUUGUCUUGGUUGUAGAGAAAUUAGUCAGUAGUAUUUUGUCGUAGUAGUAGUCAAAGUACAUGUAUACAGUGUCCAGUAGGCAAAGUAAGAAGCUAUGCAGAUCAAUGAUAGAUAAAUGGAUAUAUCAAUUAUAGGUGAUCUGGGGACGCUUCACAAAGUGUAAAGUGUGACUUGAGCCUGGCUCAUAGCUUCCAGGUGCUUUGAGCAUUUGUCUGAAAUCGGUACAUGCACUGCACAGCACAAGGUUAUCUAAUGGCAUUGUAGCAGGUUUCUGCAAAAAAAGGUUCCAUUUUCAGUGGCGUUUAUAGAGCACUCUAUCACUGGCAUUUUCUUGCAGCGAAAUAGUGAUGUUACGUCUUGUAUGUAGAUUACACCUGUCUAUUUAGCUCAAGGUUUUGAUGUCACUUUCGCAUAUCUGUGAAACUCGGAUUUGUGUAUAAUCAAUGUGUGUGGCACCCAAGCAAUAGUUUGUUAUGCAUGACAUUCAAUGUACAGACCAUUUAUAUAACUCCUGCACAUUUGUAAUAUUUUUUUUGCAUAUUGAGGUACCAAUUUAUUUUGGAUUCCAUCCAUUUUGUGUCUGUCUUGUGAUAAUUCAAAUGCGUCACAUUAUAUUUUUCUGCGAGGAGAUGUUCAUGUAUAUAUUUGGCAAUUUUUUCUUGUGAUAACAAGCUUUGAAUAUAUAACCAAUUCCCACAAGUGCUUAGAAAUAGGAUAGAACAUAUUGAUCUUGUAUGAAUAAUUUCCUUUAUUUAAUAUACUUCGCAAGAAAGAUUUACUCAUUCCAUUUAUUUGGUUUAUUCUUUGAAAAUGUGUUUACAAAUAUUUAGAUGUAAAUCAUAACAUAGUAAUUCACAAAUGGGGAGACUUAUUGUUAUUAUUAUUUUCAUAAUCUUUGGUCAUUUUUGUAAAUGUACUCAGCUCGUGAAACAUGUUACUUUAUUAGUAACAUUUCCUAUAACCCACCUUUAUAUUAUUUCAGCAAUCAAAUUGCAUUUUCUGUACAUGGCCUGUUGCUAGGCCAGGCAAUUUAUACAUUUGUAUACAGUUUACCAAUAUGAAAAUACAAUAACUGAUAGGACGCUUAUACUAGUGGAGCAUAUACAUCAAUGUUUUUUCAAAAGAUUAUACAUUAUGGUUUUGGUUGCAUUGACGGAAUGUCCAAUUGCUAUUUGAGACGUGCUUGUUAUAUUUUAUGCAAUCUAAAUACCGGUAUGCUUGUAUUGUGCUUUAAUAAUUACAAAUGAAAUAUAUUUUGAAUAUACAUGUAUAUUCUUUAUUCAGUUCUUAUCAUUGUAUAUGUUUAUUUUGACCAUUUUUUGCAUUAUUUGAAAAAUUUGGAUGAAAAUAUGAGCUUUAUUUUCUUAAGGAAUAUAUCUUUUCUGCCAAUUUUAUCUGGAUUAGCAUUCUAUUUUUAGUCUUGUAAUAUUAGUUGCCCCUUUUCUAUAUGUUUGAUUUAUUUUCAUAUUGAUGAGUUCAUUCCACAGGUCUACAUAUAAUUGAUUUUUUGUUUGAUGAUGGUAUAUAAUACAUGUAUUUGUACUUAUGUUAGUCCUGUGUAAGUAUAGCCAUUGUAUCUUUGAUAUGUGAUGCAGUUUUUCUGCUCACUAGUAAACCCAGUGAAAUGAAAUAAAACAAUGAAAGUUUAAGCUUUUGGAUGAAUGUAAUUUGCAGGCUCUUCGAGCAUUGGCAAUAGUUUUGAAUUUAUGCAAAGUACUGUUAUUGGCAUUGGUAUAAUCAGUAUAUUUCAUUUACCAUUUGUUGAAAUGUAUUGGAUGAUUUCAAGCAUUG